UUGAAACUUGGCGGUUAAAGCUCCAGUUCGGAUAGGGCGCCGGGAGUCCGGGGAAGCCCUGUGUUUUCUUUGACUCCACUCUUCAGUGUCGGAACUGACCGGCCCAUUUCGUCGAGACCCAGUCUGAGGGCGAGCAAGGCAGAAACUGCGACCCAGUCAAAAGGGAGGCUACCACCGCGACUGCCAAAUCCUCCGAGGAGGACCUUCCAAACCCCGCCAAAGAGGCGGUGCUGAGCGAGGACCAUGAAGGAAGAAGUGAAGGGGAUUCCCGUAAAAGUGGCACUGCGCUGUCGUCCUCUAGUUCCUAAAGAGAUCAGCGAGGGCUGCCAAAUGUGCCUUUCCUUCGUGCCCGGAGAGCCGCAGGUGGUGGUUGGUACUGAUAAAUCCUUUACCUACGAUUUUGUGUUUGACCCCUCUACUGAACAAGAAGAGGUCUUUAAUACAGCCGUAGCACCACUCAUAAAGGGCAUAUUUAAAGGCUACAAUGCAACUGUCUUGGCCUAUGGGCAAACUGGCUCUGGAAAAACCUAUUCAAUGGGAGGUGCAUACACUGCAGAGCAAGAACAUGAACCAACCGUUGGAGUCAUUCCUCGGGUAAUACAACUGCUCUUUAAAGAAAUUGAUAAAAAGGGUGACUUUGAAUUUACUCUGAAAGUGUCUUAUUUGGAGAUUUACAAUGAAGAAAUUUUGGAUCUUCUUUGCCCAUCUCGCGAAAAAGCAUCACAAAUAAAUAUCCGGGAGGAUCCUAAGGAAGGCAUAAAGAUUGUGGGACUAACUGAGAAGACUGUUCUAGUUGCUUCGGAUACUGUUUCCUGUUUAGAGCAGGGCAACAACUCUAGAACUGUGGCCUCCACAGCUAUGAACUCCCAGUCAUCCCGAUCUCAUGCCAUCUUUACAAUCUCCAUAGAACAAAGAAAGAGAAAUGACAAAAAUAGCAGCUUUCGCUCUAAACUGCAUCUUGUUGACCUUGCUGGAUCAGAAAGACAGAAGAAAACCAAGGCUGAAGGAGAUCGUCUAAAGGAGGGUAUUAAUAUUAAUCGAGGCCUUCUGUGCUUGGGGAAUGUAAUCAGUGCUCUUGGAGAUGACAAAAAGGGUAACUUUGUUCCGUACAGAGAUUCCAAGUUGACUCGACUCCUUCAAGAUUCUUUAGGAGGUAAUAGCCAUACACUUAUGAUAGCCUGUGUGAGUCCUGCUGACUCCAAUCUAGAGGAAACGUUAAAUACCCUUCGCUAUGCUGACAGAGCAAGAAAAAUCAAGAACAAGCCUAUCAUUAAUAUUGAUCCCCAAAGAGCUGAACUUAAUCAUCUUAAACAACAGGUACAACAGUUACAGGUCUUGUUGCUACAAGCUCAUGGAGGUACCCUGCCUGGAUCUAUAAAUGUGGAACCAUCAGAGAAUCUACAAUCACUGAUGGAGAAGAAUCAGUCCCUGGUUGAGGAAAAUGAAAAAUUAAGUCGUGGUCUGAGUGAGGCAGCUGGUCAGACAGCACAGAUGUUGGAGAGGAUCAUUUUGACAGAGCAAGCAAAUGAAAAAAUGAAUGCCAAGCUAGAAGAGCUCAGGCAGCAUGCAGCCUGCAAACUUGAUCUUCAAAGGUUAGUGGAGACUUUGGAAGAUCAGGAGUUAAAAGAAAAUGUAGAAAUAAUUCGUAACCUGCAACAAGUGAUUACCCAGCUAUCGGAUGAAACUGUGGCAUGCAUGGCUGCAGCCAUUGAUACUGCAGUGGAACCAGAAGCUCAAGCAGAAAGCAGUCCAGAGACUAGCAGAUCUUCUGAUGCUUUCACCACUCAACAUGCACUACGCCAAGCUCAGAUGUCUAAGGAGCUAAUUGAGUUGAAUAAAGCUCUUGCACUGAAAGAGGCUCUAGCUAGGAAGAUGACUCAGAAUGACAGCCAACUACAGCCCAUUCAGUUCCAAUACCAGGAUAACAUUAAAAAUCUGGAAUUGGAAGUCCUCAGUCUCCAGAAGGAAAAAGAAGAAUUGCUUCUUGAACUCCAAACAGCAAAGAAGGAUGUCAACCAAGCCAAGUUGAGUGAGCGCCGCCGCAAACGUCUUCAGGAGCUAGAGGGUCAAAUAGCUGAUUUGAAAAAGAAACUACAUGAACAAUCCAAACUCCUAAAACUGAAGGAAUCCACAGAGCAUACUGUCUCCAAACUGAAUCAGGAGAUACGGAUGAUGAAAAGCCAGCGAGUACAGUUAAUGCGUCAAAUGAAAGAAGAUGCUGAGAAGUUUAGACAGUGGAAGCAACAAAAAGACAAAGAAGUAAUCCAGUUGAAAGAACGAGACCGUAAGAGGCAAUAUGAGCUGCUCAAACUUGAAAGAAACUUCCAGAAACAGUCCAAUGUGCUCAGACGUAAAACUGAGGAGGCAGCAGCUGCUAACAAGCGUCUAAAGGAUGCUCUACAAAAGCAAAAGGAGGUUGCAGAUAAACGGAAAGAGACUCACAGCCGUGAAAUGGAAGGCACUGCUGCUCGAAUGAAGAAUUGGCUUGGAAAUGAAAUUGAGGUUAUGGUCAGUACUGAGGAAGCAAAACGCCAUCUUAAUGACCUUCUUGAAGAUAGAAAGAUCCUGGCUCAGGAUGUGGCUCAACUCAAAGAAAAAGAAUCAGGAGAGAAUCCACCUCCUAAACUCCGAAGGCGCACAUUCUCACGUGAUGAAAUGCGUGGUCAAAUUUCAGACUCAGAGGAUUCUAUUACAAAGCAGAUUGAAAGCCUAGAGACUGAAAUGGAACUCAGGAGUGCUCAGAUUGCUGACCUACAGCAAAAGCUCCUGGAUGCAGAAAGUGAAGACCGGCCAAAACAACGCUGGGAGAAUAUUGCUACAAUACUGGAAGCCAAAUGUGCCAUAAAAUACUUAAUUGGAGAGUUGGUCUCCUCCAAAAUCCAGGUGAGCAAGCUAGAAAGCAGCCUGAAGCAGAAUAAGGCCAGCUGUGCUGACAUGCAGAAGAUGCUGUUUGAGGAACGAAAUCAUUUUGCUGAGAUAGAGACAGAAUUAAAAGCUGAGCUGGUCAGAGUGGAGCAACAACAUCAAGAAAAGGUGCUGUAUCUUCUCAGCCAGCUGCAGCAAAGCCAGAUGGCAGAGAAGCAGUUGGAGGAGUCAGUCAGUGAAAAGGAACAGCAGCUGCUGAGCACAUUGAAGUGUCAGGAUGAAGAGCUUAGGAAGAUGCAAGAAUUGUGUGAGCAAAAUCAGCAGCUUCUCCAAGAAAAUGAAAUCAUUAAGCAGAAACUAACCCUCCUCCAAGUUGCCAACGUACAGACACCUCAUCUUAAUAAGGAUAUCUUACAAUCGCCAGACUCUUCCUUUGAAUAUGUCCCACCAAAGCCAAAACCUUCUCGAGCCAAAGAAAAGUGUAUGAAGCAAAACCUGGACAACGAGGAUGUCAAAUAUUAUUCAGAGCAUUCUGUGACUGAGCAUGAGGAUGGUGACAGUGAUGGUUAUGGGGAUGAUGGGGAUGAUGAGGAAUGGAAGCCAACAAAGUUAGUUAAGGUGUCCAGGAAGAACAUCCAGGGGUGUUCCUGCAAGGGCUGGUGUGGGAACAAACAAUGUGGGUGCAGGAGGCAAAAUUCAGACUGUAAUGUGGCCUGUAGCUGUGACCCCACAAAAUGUCGGAACCGCCAGCAAGGCCAGGAUAGCUUGGGUACUGUAGAAUGGACCCAGGAUUCUGAAAACUCCUUCAAACUGGAAGAUCCUACAGAGGUAAACCCAGGAUCAAGCUUCUUCAACCCUGUCUGCGCCACUCCCAGUAGCAAGAUCCUAAAAGAGUUGUGUGAUACAGAUCAGAUCCCGCUAAGGAAGAUUGCUCUUAUGCCCUCCUUUGACCACCAAGAACCUAAACAUAUAGCAACAGAAUUACAAGAAAAUAAGGCUCUGGGAAAGAAAAAGAAGCGAGCCCUGGGCAGCAAUACCAGCUUCUUCUCUGGCUGCUCUCCUAUUGAAGAAGAGGUCCAGUGAAGUUGUAGUCACUGUCUUGACCUUCCGUCUACCCUGGACAUGCUCUCAGGCUACAGCCCUGAUGGGAGAGGGGCUAAUGGCUUCUCUGGAUUUUAGGUUUCUUGGCUACUGAGAAAAGAAAGUAUCACUGAAAGGAAGAGGACCUUUGCAGAAUAUUGACCCUUAGUCCAGCCCCUUGACUCUAGAAACUACUUUUUCCAAGAAACUGAAUGGUCUUCCCAAUGAGUCAUCAAGAGCCAGUCCCCAUUACAAUCUAGCUCGCUCUUCUCUGUGAGCAGUUGAGUCUUCUCAUCAUGCAGAUGAGACUAAGGCGGUCCUCUCUCAUAGUCAUCUCAACUUAGCAGAGGAGCCUAGUCCAGGAUGGAGUUCUAGCUCAACUUCCUCACCCCACCUCAGGAAUGGGGCUGGGAACUUCCUGUCCUGAUCCAUGACUUUCUGAAUUUUAAGUGUUUUAAUGGGAACUUUAAUUGUCUGUCAUGUUACUGAAGUAAGUGAAACACUUUUAAAUGUUAAUUAAGUAAAUGAAUAAACCUUAGCCCAUCUAC